UGUAUAUGGUUAGUAAGGAUACGCAAGACCCUUUUAAUUUCGGUGAUUGUGUUAUACCCGCCAUUUGCAUCAAAAACCAAAUAUUUAUUUCCCCCCCAAAGCCAAGAAAUUUAUUCUCAGUGGGUUUCGGUCGAUUUUGUAUUGUAUUUAAAAAGAGACAAAAAAAAAAAAGUUUCCCCUUUCCUUUUCGAAACCCUUUCUUUAGAGCUUUAAAAAAAAAAAUUAUAUUUUUUUUUUCUGCAGACUCCAAGAAAAAAAAAUGACAUUUAAUACGAUGAAGGCACCUUUUGGUGUGGUUGAUAUGGGAUCCAACGGUAUUCGAUUUGGUAUUGUCACUGCGUUGGCAAGGCAUUUACCGGUUUCAUAUGAAGAACGUGCCCCUAUUUCAUUAUUAGAGGCUUUAGGCGACGAUAACUUUUUACCCGAAGAAACCAUGGAACAAGUCAUUACGAGUUUCUUACGAUUCAAGACCAUUUGUCAACAUGAAGGUGUCGAUCCCUCCAACGUCAAAGUCAUUGCCACUGAAGCAACUCGUAUCGCUUCCAAUUCCAAACAGUUCCUGGAAAAAAUUUACAAGGCCACACAUUGGUCUGUCGAUAUCUUAUCCAAAGAACAAGAAGCCAGUGUUUCUUCUAUGGGGAUUGUCGGUUCCUUUUAUCGAGUCAAUGGAUUAACGAUGGAUUUAGGUGGAGGUUCAUGUGAAUUGAGUUACGUUACUUCUAAUUCACCCGUUCUUAUGGCAGAAGAUGAUACCAGACCCAAAAAACGACUCAAGUCUUCAGCCAAUCCUGUAUCACUUCCUUACGGAGCAGCCGUUUUAAGAAAACGAUUAGCGAAAUGCGAAGAUAGUAAAAAGAAGAAGCGAUAUCUAUUCAAAGAGAUUGUGGAACAGAUUACAAUAGCGAAAACAACAACGAAUAUUCCAGGCCAUUUAAUGGAUCACGAUGGCUACACAUUGUAUAUGAGUGGUGGUGGAUUUAGAGCGUUGGGAUAUCUAUCCAUGGCAUUGACCAAUCAUGCUUCAUUAUCAGACAAGGUGCGAAAUACAAGAGAGAUGAGAUAUCCUAUACCAAUCAUUAGUGGUUACAGUAUGUCAGGUGAAGACUUAUUAACCAUUGCAGAUCAAUUUAAAGAUCGUGACCCAAAAGAACUUGUGAACGAGCUGAAAUUGUUUCGUAUUUCUAAACGUAGAACAAAGAUGAUCCCUGCCACGUGUUUUCUUGUUUCUGCCAUCUUAAAGGUCCUCAAGAUUAAGCAAAUCUUUUUCAGUGAAGGUGGUGCUCGACAAGGGAUUUCCUAUCAUAUGUUGCCAUUAUCAGAACAGAUGAAAGAUCCUCUUUUAGAAGGCGUGAAGGAUUAUGUCUCACACUUACCUCAUGCUUUAUCAUCCACUGAAUUUGAUACUGUCUUUCAGAUCCUCAAAGAUGCUAUCCCUCCACUUUAUCUUGUACCUGACCACCCACUUCAAUUACAUCGUUUAAUUCCGGCUGCAUUACAUCUCGCCAAUUUAACAACACAUUACCCUAAGGAAACCCGUGCAUUUGUUGCCUUUCAUUUGCCCCUAGCCAGUGGACCAUUGGCUAAUAUUCCAGGCUUACUUCAUUCGGAAAGAGCCAUCUUAGCCUUGAUUCUUGCAUAUAGACAAGGAGGAGAAGUUCCCGAUCCUGCAUUCAACGCAAUAGAAGAGAUGAUUGGAAAAUACGGUGUAGCUGUGUGUAAAUACGUAGGACGAUUGAUGGAAAUUAUCUUUUUGAUAUCACCACGACAACCUGGUUUAGCAUUGCUUGAAUCCGGACUCAAGUUUCAGCUUGUACGUCCUGAUUCAGAUGAUGAUGAUGAAGAAGAAGGUAGCAGUCCUGAAAGCUCCCCUAUAUCCGUUACUUCUGAACAGUAUUACAGUACGGCUCGAUUACAAAUUAUAUUUCCUCAGAAACCAAGUCCUAUGUUGGAAGCUCCUGCUGUGAUUUCAAUCAUUGAAAAUAUGGACAAGAAGAUUCAACCAAAGAGGUUUGAACUGGAUGAAGAAGUGGUGGGUAUAGAAUCAAAAAUCAGAUUAUUUUCUGUUUCCAUUAUUAGACCAUAGACUUUUUUUUUUUAUUAUUAUUAUUGUUAUUUAUAAUAAAUA